CUCAUAUCAGCGAUCCACUUUCCUCGGGUCGGCAAUCGCCGGCCGCCGAGCAAACCACAUCGACUUCAUACUUCACUUACUGUUGCAUUUGGGACGUUGACCAUGUGCAUGGCUGCGUUGUUUGUUCUUCAAACAUUAUGAUACCUGAGACAGAGAAGAGUGGCUGUCGCGAAAAGCCAGCGCACGGCAUCGCACCCUUCCCCCAGACCCAUCCCGAUGGCUAUCAAAAAACUGUUAAAACGGAUACUGAAAUGCCAGUCUGGAAGUGCUUGGCAAGCAUUGACAUGUGGAGGUGCACGAUACUAGAAUGUCUCGCCAGCAUGAUGUACACGUUCAUGUUGACAUGGGUGACGAUUGCACCCGCCUCCAAAGAUCGAGACGACCCCGAUAACCUUUCCUACUACAGCAUGAACAAUUACGACUGGGUCCGCUUCUUGCCCGCGAGUAUCGUCAAUGUGUGCCUACUCCCUUUGAUCAUCUUUACCUUUGCUCGCUCGACUGGCGGCUAUGUCAAUCCGAGUAUUACAUUCGCUGCGUACUUUCUUCGCCGGAUAUCUUUAUCAAGGGCUGCUAUGUAUAUUGGUGGACAGGUUGUUGGAAUUGUCCUGGCAGUGUGGGCUGUGCAAGAAGCAUACGGUAGCACAGGGUUUGAUAUAGGGUGUAUCAUCAGUCGUGGAGGGGUUUCGAUACGCAACGCAUAUAUUGCCGAGGUUGUUAGCGACUUUGCUAUGGUGGUGACUGUCAUGUACAUUGCUGCUGGUCGCAAAUCCGGAGUAUUAUUUGGAGAUGCGAUGUCGCCUUGGAUGGUGGGCAUUGCCACCGAAGCGGCGUUCUGGUUGUCGAGACUCAUAUGGCAGGGCCAUCCCGGUGCAAGUAGGCAAUUGUGACAUGCAUUGUGGGAGGCUAUCUGGGGUUGCAGCUGCUAACAGCCACAUAGGAUCUAAUGCUGCCCUUUUAGUUGAGUAUCUACAUGGAAUCUAGUUCUUUGAUGAGGAUGGUAGUCUCGCUGCGGCCUAUGGGGCAGCUUCGUUGAGUUGACGGGCGUUUACGGGCGUUCUUAGCAUGUUGGUA